GAAAAUUGGAAAAUUGUUCAAACUUCAAAUAGCAAAAGUGACAGUAAUUCAGAAAUGACUUCAGGACUGAAUCGAGAGAGGUUUACAGAUGAGAAGGGAAGAAACAGGGAAAUCUGUUCCCUUGGUUUCAAAGCCGGUCUCUGACUGUCUUUUUUGCAUGACAUGGUCCCUCUUUCUGCAUGCAGUUGUGUUGCAGCAGCCUGGAGGGAAGGGUUUUCAAUUGCAGAGAGGGCCGGCUGCCAGCUUCCAAAGAAUACCGCAGGAUAGACUACCAAAUGAGUCCGAUGAAACAGCGCAGCUGGCACGAAAGUUCAGAGCGGCAGCAUCUGAGCUGCUCACAAUGCUUGAGCAGAGAGGAAGAAAGGGAGGAGUAGUGAAGCCUGUGUCACCAGAGGAGGCCCAACGGUUGCAAAAAGCUGCUGAAGUUGCUUCCAAGCAUAUACAGACUGGACAAGUCACUGAUAAGAUCUCAAAGAGAGUAGAAGACAAACUAACAAAGAUGCGGCGUGAAUAUCUUCUUCGGGAACAGAUGAAAGCGAUUAAGGAGGAGCUAGGCGAUAACGAAGAUGAUGACAUGCUGCUGUUGGAGAGGCGGCUUGAAGAGGCGAGGAUGCCUCUGAAUGUCUGGAAACAUGUUCAACGAGAACUGCGUUUGCUGAAAAAAAUGCAGCCUCGGCAAGUUCAUUAUGGUCCCGAGAGAGCUUAUCUGGAGCUGCUGGCAGACCUACCCUGGUCCAAGAGCAGUGGCGAGAAAUUUAUCGAUCUAAAUGAAGCAAGAAAGAAAUUAGAUGAGGAUCAUUACGGCCUGGCGAAAGUGAAGAAACGGAUCAUCGAGUAUCUGGCAGUGAGAAAGCCGUCAUGGACCAGAGGUUCGGAGAAGCAGACGAGGCCUAUCACGCCCGGAUGCUGGCCUGGAGUACCGAAACAAAGAGACGGGCAGAUGACGCAGCAACAACAGCGAAGAAGAAGGCAGAGGACGCUGAGCAGGCACGUCUGCUGGCAAUUGAACAACAGCGCCAACAUGACGAGGCAGCAGCAAAGGCUGCCGAUGAAGAAAGAAUUCAACGUCGUGAGAAGAUAUUUAGAAAGAAUUCAACGUCGUGAGAAGAUAUUUAACGGAGAGCAGACUUUGCUCACAAUGGCAGCGGAAUGGCGGACCAAGGCCGAGAAUGGCAAGAUGGAGGCUAGCAAAAAUAAGAUCGCUCUACUCCUCUCCCAUCUCAUAGACCUCCUAGCAACCUGCAUUACACAGCAGGAGGACAUCCACAGCCUCGACGACUCGCUAGCUCAAGUCCACGGCCGCCUCCGGCAGCUGGAGCAGCGACCUGUCGCCGCCUCCGAUGCAAGCUCUUCUGACACCUCCGAUUGCCUCGAAGCAUUGGAGAUGGACGUCGGCUCCCUCAAGGACGGCGUGCAGUUACAGCAGGACGCAACGCAACAGUUGGAACAACGAAUCUGCACUGCCGCCAACCACUCAAGUUCAAAACCGCACGAGACAACUCCAAAGUUCGACGGGCAGGAGAUCUUCUGCGACUCGGCGAAGACAAAUCCAAUUUCAUGGUUCCGCAAGUUCGAGCUCACACUGCAGCUACACAACGUCAAAGAACACAAGCACCACCCAUACUUGUACUCCCGGUCGGGGGGCGCAUGCCAGGCAUGGUUGGACAAUCUCUUGUCCAAGUACGGAGUGGUAGCUGCCGACUUGCACACCAAGAUCAGCUGGGAUGAUUUGAAGGCGGCGUGGCACAAGCGGUUCCAGGUAGAGCCGCCGGAGAUCAAAGCAAUGGACAAGCUCAUGGUCUUCGAACAAGGCACGCUGCCGAGUGUCGACUGGAUUACCGAGUACCAACGCUUGACAUCAGUCCUAGACAUCCAGAUGGGCUUCAAAGCCAUCCGCCACUAUUUCAUCUCAAGGUCCUGUCCGGCAUUAAGCAAUGCCUUGACUCACGUCGAGGACACCUUGACGACAACGGCGGAACUCUUUGACAAGGCCGCGCAGAUCAUUAUCACGAACAAGGAGGCCAAGAACCUGCGUUCGUCUGCGCCAGGCCCGAGCAAAGACCAGCAUCGGCCAAGAGUGGUCGUGGUCGCGGCAGCAACGCCGUUUGACCAAACUAGCGAGGCCGUGUCUGCCAAUAAAGGGGACAGACUCGCAGCCGCCCGGGAAGCAACCGCACCACACGGGGGUCCGAAGACAAGUCCGUGGGUGAAGAGUCGGCUACCGCUCAACGCGCAAACCGUCAAGAAUGUGGGGCCUCUUCCUCACAUCGACGAUCUUCUUGAGCGAUUGGGUGGCGCAAAGUAUUUUUCUAAGUUGGAUUUGAAAUCGGGAUAUCAUCAAGUCCCGAUCCGACCGAAUGAUCGCUACAAAUCCGCGUUCAAGACGCGCUACGGGCAUUUUGAGUGGGUGGUCAUGCCUUUUGGCCUCACCAACGCCCCGACGACCUUUCAAGCGGCAAUGACCAACGAGUUCCGUGCAAUGUUGGACCAGUUCGUGCUGGUCUACUUAGACGAUAUUCUCGUCUAUAGUCGAACAUUGGAGGAUCAUCUUGGGCAUCUUCGACGAGUGUUGGAGACGCUCCGCCGCGCCAAGUACAAGGCCGACCACAACAAGUGCAAAUUUGUCUGGCAAGAGUUGGAAUACUUGGGCCAUUUUGUCACAUCGGAGGGCAUCAGUCCACUAUCGGACAAGAUUCAAGCCAUCCAAGAGUGGACGGAGCCUCGGAACGUCACGGAUGUCUGUUCGUUCCUUGGCCUCGUCGGCUACUAUCAGCAUUUCAUCAAAGUCUACUCGAAGAUCGCGGCCCACUUGACCAAGCUUCAAUGCGAGAAUCGGCCGUUUGACUUCGGAGAGGAAGCGCGAGAAUCAUUCUUGGCUCUCAAAGCCGCGCUAUUAUCUGCGGAGGUCUUGCGCAUAUACGACCCGCUUUUGCCUACGCGCGUCACUACGGAUGCGUCCAACUAUGGCAUUGGUGCCGUCCUCGAGCAACAUGAUGGCGUGGACUGGCACCCGGUCGAGUAUUUCAGCAAGAAAGUGCCGGUCGUACACUCCAUUGACAAUGCACGCAAGAAGGAGCUCCUCGCCUUCGUCCACGCGCUCAAGCGGUGGCGGCACUUCCUCCUUGGUCGAAGCCAAUUCCGAUGGGUAACGGACAACAAUCCGUUGGUAUUCUAUAAGUCCCAAGACACCGUCAACAGCACCAUCGCUCGAUGGAUGGCUUUCAUCGACCAGUUCGACUUCUUUCCUGAUCACAUUCCGGGGAAGUCGAACCGUUUUGCGGAUGCUCUUUCACGACGUCCGGAUCAUUGUACCGCGGUCUACUCAACCUUCGAGAUCGACGACGACCUGCAGAACAGCUUCAUCCGCGGCUACCAAGCCGACCUCGAGUUUCGCGACAAGUACAGAAAUUGCUCCUCUCCUAAUCCGACGCCUUCUCACUACCGGAUCCAAGAAGGGUACUUGCUUGUCCACAAGCAGGGGAAGGACCUUCUUUGUGUACCGAGUGAUCCUCACUUGCGUACACGGCUUCUUGGCGAGUUCCACGAUGCUCCCACCACUGGACACCUUGAAGUCAAUCGCACGAUUGGCGGACUUCGCGAGCGAUUUUGGUGGCCCGGCCUUCUCGGCGACGUCACGCGCUGUUGCGAGUCAUGCGAGGUUUGUCAACGCUGCAAAUCUCGCAACCAUCGUUCGUACGGCGAGUUACGACCAUUACCCGUCUCGUUGAGGCGAAGGGAAGCGAUUGCCAUGCACAUUACCGGCCCGUUCCCCAAGCACAAGACCGGAGUGGAUGGGAUUCUCAUGGUGGUCGACCGACUCACCAAGUUCGCCAUGUUUUUGCCUUGUCGCUAUCAUGCCAAGGCACCGGAGUUGGCCGAGGUUCUCUACGCCGGUUGGAUUCGAACCAAGGGUUACCCCAAUGAAAUCGUUUGUGACCGCGACACUAGGUUCAUGUCCGAUUUUUGGUUGGCGCUCAUCAAGCGAUGGGGCUCAUCUCUCAAGCCCAGUUCAGCUCGCCACACUCAGACCGAUGGCCAGACGGAGAGGGCGCAUCAGACCGCACAGGUUCUCCUUCGCACUCUCAUCUGUCCUGACCAGAAGGACUGGGUUGAGCGGCUGGCGGAUCUUGAGUUGGCCUACAACUCUUCCAUCCACCUGGGUAUCGGGAUAUCGCCUUUCGAGUUCGAGCACGGCUCGCCGGUCACUUCGCUGUUGGACACCAUCACGCCACGAACGGCCGAGAGCGACGACCACCUUCUUUUCUUGCGUCGGAUGCAUGAGCUACUUGUCAAGGCACGCGACGAGAUGGCCAAGACGCAGCAACGCAUGAGCCAGCAGGCCCAUCGCCAGCGUCUUCCUUGCCCAUUCCGCGCCGGCGAUCUCGUUUGGGUCUCCGCCGCGGAGUUCAGCCUUGAACAAGACAUCUCGCAAGCUCCUCCCGAAAUGGAUGGGGCCUUGGCCGAUCAUGCUGCAGGGCCAAUUUUAUGCUUUGUAGGUCCGCCUGGUGUUGGGAAGACGUCACUUGCAUCCUCAAUAGCCGAAGUUCUCGGGAGGAAGUUUGUUCGAAUAUCCUUGGGAGGGGUGAGGGAUGAGGCUGACAUCCGUGGCCACCGACGCACGUACAUCAGCAGCUACCCUGGUCGACUGAUUGAUGGAAUCAAGAAAGUGGCUGUGAACAAUCCAGUGAUGCUUCUGGAUGAGAUCGAUAAGACAGGAGCAGAUAUGAGGGGCGAUCCUGCAGCAGCACUCCUUGAAGUUCUCGAUCCUGAGCAGAAUAAAAAUUUCACGGACCACUAUUUAAAUGUCCCAUUUGACCUGUCUAAGGUGGUGUUUCUCGCAACAGCGAACCGAGCAGAUCCCAUCACUCCGCCUCUUCUUGAUCGAAUGGAGGUGAUCGAGUUGUCCGGAUACACGACACGAGAGAAGGUCGGGAUUGCUACUCGCCACCUACUUCCCAAAGUGCUGAAGCAGCAUGGCUUAUCUGAGAAGCAUUUGUACAUCCCAGAGUGCCACGUCAGCAGUGCCACGUCAGCAGUGCCACAUCAGCAGUGCCGCGUCAGCAACAUGACGGGCCUGCCAGGCCAACUGGCCAAUGAGCCCAUUGCCGACUACAAAAAGCGCGUCCAUGCUCAGCUCGCUGCAAUCGAGGCUGAGGAACAACACCAGCUGGCAGUCAAGGCUGCCCACCUACAGGCUGACGAAGCGGCAACAGCAGAGAAGCUGCGGCUACAGGCCGAAGCAGACGCAGAGGCCCAGGCUCGCCGCAAGGAAGCCCAGGCUCUGCUGCAGCGGCAUGAAGCGAACAGCAUCGAGAAACUCAAGUACUGGCACUUUGAACCGAACGGCGACAAGCCAACACUGGAAGAGCAUCAUAAGGAGUUCAUGGCCAAGCUCGUGAGCAGGCUGGUUUACACGUGUAACCACCUACAGUCCGAGCUGGCAAACCUUCAGCGGGCCGUGCGGUAUCAGAAGACUCAGCACGAGGAUGCCACACGGGCACUGGACGCCCGCGUACUGGACCUGGAACAGGCUGUACCAGGACCAGCUGCUGGGGCUUCCAGCAGUGCAUCCUCUAGCCGCCAACUGGAGGAACGCGUUGACCACGUAGUGGCAAUGCUAGGAGACAUAAGUGCCUUCACAGAGCCGGCCACCAUCAGCCAGCGUUUCGAGUUGCUGGACUCCAAGAUCAGCCAGCAACAGCAGACCGACCACAGCCACAGCAACAGCUCGGCGAGGCCAUACAAGAUGCCGACGUUCCGGAUCGAGAAAUUUGAUGACUACACACAUCAAGACCCGGUCGUCUGGUGGCAAGGAUUUACAACGGAGUUCGGGAUUCACGAAGUCCAUGACCAUGUGUUCAUCAGUGCUCUGUUCAUCAACACCAAGGGAGGAUGUCGGAUCUGGCUCAGCCACAUGGCAACCAUCCACGGCGUCCAGGUUUCAGACCUGUACAAGGUCUCCUGGGAGGACAUGACAAAGGAAUGGAAGAAGCGGUUCAUCGUCGACGACGCCCCGGCACUCGCCGUCAACCGCAUCUUCACGAUGGCUCAAGGGAGCACACCGACACGUGACUGGCUCACGGAUUGGCAGAAAAUCGUGGCAACGCCCAAUUUGGACUUGUCAUUUCCGCAUCUGCGGCGUGAGUUCUACAACAGGUCAUGCGCCGCUCUCAGCCUCGCACUGGGUGAUCGCGAGCAGUACAACACUUUCGCAGAGAUCAUCAACAAGGCAAGAGAGCUCAUCAAGACUAACAGGCCGGCUGCACACGAGAAGUCCACGUGGCAGCCAACCUAUGUGGAGAAGGUACGAACUGGUCCGCGACAGCACCGGAGUUUGGAGGAGCAUGUGGAACACCUGCGCACCGUUUUGGAGCGGCUACGACAGGCCAAGUACAAAGCCACCCGCGAGAAGUGUGAAUUCGCGCGGCAGGAGCUGGAGUACUUGGGCCAUUAUGUGACGCCGCAAGGCAUCCGUCCGCUCGCGGACAAGAUCGAAGCCCUACGAGUAUGGCCCGAGCCCACCAACACCACGGACGUUCGUUCAUUCAUGGGAUUGGCGGGCUACUAUCAGCGAUUCAUCACCGGAUACUCCAGGAUCGCUGCACCUAUGACGAGGUUACAGUCGCCAAAGGUGCCGUUCGUAUUCGAUGACGACGCACACCGGUCAUUCCAAGCACUUAAGACGGUCAUGCUCAUGGCACCCGUCCUCAGCAUCUAUGACCCCACCUUGCCGACGAGAGUGACUACGGACGCUUCCGGCUAUGGCAUUGGGGCAGUCUUGGAACAGCAAGACGGCGACGAAUGGCACCCUGUGGAGUAUUUCAGCCACAAAGUGCCUCCCAUCAACUCGCUUGAUGAUGCAAGGAAGAAGGAGCUACUCGCGUUCGUCAUGGCUCUCAAGCGAUGGCGGCACUUCCUCCUUGGGCGUCGUAGGUUCACAUGGGUUACGGACAACAAUCCAUUGACCUACUACAAGACGCAAGAUACGGGGUGCAUCGAGUUUAUCAUUCAGCGGUACACAAGAGAGGCUGGUGUGCGUGACCUUGAGAGGAAUCUUGCGGCAGUAUGUAGGUCAGUGGCAGUCACAGUCAGCGAACGGAUGGCAUUGGCUGAGAAACACAAGGAGCAAAGGAGAAAGGAGAGAAGGGAGAUGAGGGAGAUUGCAAGGCGGUCUAUGAUGGAGAAGGUUGACGCGCAGGCAAAUGAUGUCCCGGCAGCUUCAGGCGACGAGGGGGAAAGGAGCGAAGUCGGCGGGCAGGCACUUGAGGAACGGAGAGAACAGGUUGUUGAGAAAGAUCCCAAGCAGGUGGGCAAGGGUGAAGGGCGCAGUGCUAGCGAAAAGGAGAAGAUGAAUGAUGAUGUAGAUAAAAAGAUCUCUGAGGCAGAGGGAAGAGAAGAUGAGGUGGUUGCGAAUGCAGAGAUAGGGUUUCACGAGGCGAUUGAGAAAAUGAAGAGGCGGCUAGGAGAAAGUGGGGGCUUGCUCGUUGUGGUCUUGGAUGCUAGACCCACAGGGAUGGAGGAGAAGGAGGUGGUCGCAGGGAGUUCUAACAUGAAUCAGACUGAGGUUAGGGGUCAAGGAUCAAGCGGCACUAGCUCCAGCGAUGAUAGCAGUAGCAGAAAGACGGUGGAGAAGGAGGAGGACAAUGAUGAUGAUGAGGUGGACAAGGAGCUUCAGGAAUUUCAGAGGCUAGUUAUUAAUGAGGAAAUGCUUGAAAAUAUUCUCGGACCUCCCAAGCGUGAUUUGAGGGAAGUCGAAGACAGAGUCUCAAGCCCUGGCGUAGCUGUCGGCCUUGUUUGGACUGAAUAUGGAGGGGACAUCCUGUUUGUGGAAGCGACAUCAACCCAUGGCAAGGGGGACCUGCGACUGACUGGAAGGCUCGGUGAAAUGACAAAGGAGUCAGCACAAAUUGCACUUACUUGGGUCAGGUCCAAGGCAGUGAAGCUAUUGACCCGUGAAGAAGACAAGGGUCGCCCCCUUAUGGAGAACAGGGAUUUGCAUGUGCAUUUCCCAGAAGGCGCUGUUCCCAAGGAUGGUCCAUCUGCAGGGGUAACCAUGGUAACUUCUCUGGUUUCUCUGUUGACGAGGAGACCUGUUCGGGCUGACACAGCCAUGACCGGAGAGAUAACACUGCGAGGAGUCGUACUACCGGUUGGCGGCAUCAAGGAGAAGGUGAUGGCAGCAAACAGGUGUGGCAUCAAGAGGGUCAUCAUUCCCGAGCGUAACAUGAAGGACCUUAGAGAAGUCCCGGGUGACAUACUGGCAACCCUGGAAGUCAUACCAGUACAUAGCGUGGAGCAGGUGUUGGAAAACGCUUUUGAAAAGGGCACUGAUCCUCUGCUUGAGAAGGGCAGCGACAGCAAGGCGGCAUCAGACAGUGCUCUGGGCCACAGGGCUGAGAGGCAGGUAGGGUUAUAGCAACAUGGAAAACCCAAUCGGAGUCGAACCACCUUUUAGCUGGGUUCAAACCCCCAACCAGGAUGGAAUUGGGAUCAUGACCGAAUGUGUCCAUGGAUGUGGGGGAAAUGCAUGAUAGCCUUCUGUCGAAAAGCAUCCUGCAAUCAGAAAAGGGACAUUCACUGCAGGCCAACCAACGGGUCUGAAUCUGGUCUGAAUCAGUGUCAAAUGAGAAUCGGGAUUGAGUCAGACGCAUAUUCAACACCGCGGAAACGCUGCAAAGGGGAAGAUGUGGGAUGCGGCGUCCACGCUCUCUGCACCGCCAACCAGAGACUACAAACUUUCCCAGCAAUGCCAGCCAGCUUUGAGUCCUGCGGCGAUUGGCGUUCGCUAUCUCCUGUCAAAGGUUCUAUUAUUAGACUACUAAGCGAUCGGCAGUGUUACCCACAUGCCUGUCCUGUUAAUCUCAGGGUGUUGCACAGGUUUAAACUUUAAACUCUAUAAACUGACAAAGAACAGUAUCCUGGUUCACAUUCGGUCGUGUUGUAGGACCUGUUUGGCCAUUACAAAGGUGUCUUUGCUUCUACGGAAGGCCCAGCUACGGAAGGCCCAGAAAGAAGGAUUGUGGUUGCGACCUAGAAAUUGGAACACUACCGCCUCAAAAUAUUAGUAGUGCCGGGGUGCAAACUCCAACGGAGUCGACCUUAACCAAGAAUGACCCAUAACCGGUAACUGUCUGGUUGUCACGGCGGUCUUUGAUGGGCAUAGCUCUUUGACACGGUGAUAACCGCUGCGACAAAUCUGCCAUGCAGCGAGGAAAGAAAAACCUGCAGUGCAUGUCGUACAGACACCUCCUUGGCUGCACUGGCCAUCGGUACAGGCGGAGAAUCGGGCUCGGCGUCCCUCACAAAAUGUCUCAUGGGACCACACAACGAACGAGGCGUCACUGGCCAAGUUUGUUGUGGGGACACGGGGGUAACGAUGCAAGCGUGCGCAGAGUUAAGCAAAGCAAAGCGAAGCAAUGUAUUGGUUGUUCCCGGAGGGAUACCGGCCAAGUUCGUUGUGGGGACACGGGGGUAACGAUGCAAGCGUGAGGAGAGUUGAGAAAAGCAAAGCAAUGUAUCGGUUGUUCCCGGAGGGAUAAAGUUGGCAAGCAGAAAAGAGGAUGACACGUGUGGGAAGGAAAUUGAGGCACCAAUGUAGCGCCUCAAGGAAGCUAGGAAUGGGAGAGAUGUGUUAUGAGGAACGAGUAGAAAGAGGGUGGACAAGAAGAGUUGGUUGUGGAGUAGGGAAGAGUUGGGUUGGUUGGUGUACGGCAGAACGCCUUGUGCAUGGCAAAGCGACAACGAAACCCUCCGGAAGCGACCGACCUCGCCGAUCCUUUUUGGUAGGAGAGAUGCUGCUGAACCUGGUGAGGAUUGCAUUGCAGAUUAUCAUGGAGAUUGCAGCCGAUCAGCAUGCGUAGGAGAGGUAUUGAUCGAAGAAGACCUGCUGCUCCUUGAGGCAAUGAGUGGGUGGCAGAGGAGCGGGUUGUAGAGUGGGCGGAAAACUAGGGGUGUCUUUUGCCAUUUGGCAUGCUGGAAUAGGGCAAUGCGGGCCUAUGAGGCCCCACACGGAUCUGAGGCUCAAGAGUUUUCACGAACCGCGAGUGUGUGACUUCCUAUUGGUCCUAAGCCCCCAAAUAAGGGGGUGAUAUAUAUUGUGGACGGAUCGGACUCCACCACAGCAACAUAGGUCAGAGUCUAAAGCACUGUGAUUGUGAGUUUCUCCGUCUUUCACCACCGAUGAUUUGUUUUUUGAGAAUUGAUAAUUGUGGUAGUUAUCGACGUGUUCUGACGCAUUGAACAGCCUUGAUAGCUGUAGCCUAGGCACUGCCACGCGCUGUGUUGUUAUCGUUAUCUCAUAGCUAUAGUUUAGAGUUUGGUUGCUAUACGUUGGCAUUGGCAAAUGAAGCUGUAGUUUUGGGAGAGGUGAGGGUGGCUUGUUGGUUUUUCAGGUAGUUUGAGGAGCUGGGCAUGGGAAGAGGAAAGGAGGGAGGGGGGGGGGGGGUAAAGGAGAGAGGACGGUGGAAGAGAUGGGGAAAGCGGUUAGGGGUACGAAACGGAAAAGCGAUAGAUGUGUUUCAAUUACUGCCCAAGAGUGAAAGUGAAUGGGAAUCGUAAUGUCAAGGUAUGUUUAAGAUUCGAUGGCAUGGUGGAUGAAAGGAAGCGACGAUGUGUUUCAAGCUUUUUGCCGUAGAAUGGGAGGCAAUUGGCAUUUUAAUGUUCCAAUCUGUACGAGAGAGGACGGCAUGCGAUGUAGACGUUGUAUGGCAGGCUUUGCAAUCUCAUAGAAGUUGCAGCGUAAGUUCGUCCCACAUAACUCGCAGGGAAGGUGAAAUUAUUUCUUUUCGAGUUUCGAAUUUCGACAGCGUUUUUUUUUUUUUUUUUACUUUCUUUUCUUCCUCUUAUCGAGUUGAGGACAUGCCUGUGUUUCAAGGUACUUGACCUCACUCUUCUUCGGUUUUCCCGUUUGAUCUUUGUUUAUUACUUUUCAUUUAUGUAGAACGUUUGUCGCUUCUAAAAGAAGAUGAAAUUGCAUUCACGAAUCAUGACACAAUUUGGUUUCGUGAAGUCAACGGUGAUGCAGGCGACAUCUGGUUGGAGUGUUGCUUUGGUGAAUCGU